UUGGUUCUGUUAUCUGAUAUCGUUCAUGAUAUCCAAAGAAGAAAGAUAUCUGAAGAGAUGUAAAUGUAAAAACAGCAGUGAUAAUGUUAAAAUUAAAAUGGCAACAAUUAACUGUCGCAGACACUUUGAUAGAAAUCAAUUUUUCACUUGAAAUGGUAAUUGGUAAUUAUCUAGAUAACGUUGGAAAUAUGUUGAAUAUUUUUCGUGCAUAUGAUAAGAGAUUCAAGUAUACAAAACGAAAAAAAAACAGAUAAUUUGUAAAUAAUAUUUAUCGCACAAAUAAUAAUAUGCUCCCAUUACAUAAACUGAUAUUGAAUUCAAGCUGUUGUUUGCAAGAAACAAAUUGUUCCCUAACAUUGCGAAAACUUUUAGUGUGCAGCACCAUAUUUGAUAGUUGUCACGUGGACAAGACGUUGCUUCUUUCUCAGCAAUUCACAAGCAACUGCAGCCCAAGUGCUUAUUCCUUCCGUCGAUUUCGAUAUUAGAAGUUUCUUUUUUCUUUUUUCAACGAACGUGUCAUUUCCGUGGAUAACCUCGCGCCCUCUUAUCGAAAGCGAGCUCCUCCAUUAUUACGCGAUCUUGUCCAACGACUUGGUUGCAUCGUCUCGUCGCGAUACGAGCGUGUACACAUGUUUUGAUGAUUGCCUGUAACAAAUUAAAUCACUCUUCCCAGUCGAUCCAGUUUUUAUAAUGGUGGAUCCACAUUGGCCUUUCGCGAAUCGAAGCACCGUCGUAUCCGUCGUGUCAGCUUGAGAACAGAAUACUUGAGAGCAAAAGUUUCGUCACGGAUAAGAUGUUCGAUGUACACACUAAGUGCAAAGAUCAGCGUCGUCGAUCAUUCGUACUGACGAUUCUUUCGUUCUCUCUUUUUUCCUUUCUUUGAUUCUCUUUCAAUUGAGCGACCGUCUACCACGUCGAUGAGCGCACGAUCCGUAGACGACGAAUGACGCGCGUAGAAUCGCGGUCGAUAAAUACGUAUCUGCUGCCUGAUGACGCAGCGCGCACAGUCAACGAAAGGUAAUGCUUUGAAACGCGGAUAGACGAUUCGAAGGGGGGAAAGAAAGUCUCCUACUGCGCGUCUCGUGCAGUCGUGCUUUAUGCCCCGCGACCUCAGGAUUCCCGAUUUUUCGCUUUAAUUCGCGCGGGCACGCGGCCACUCGCGCUCGUCCAAAGAGCAGUCCAAAGAGAGACCCAACGGAGGAAAACAGAGGAAGAAGCUAUAAAAAGCCGGAAGACAAAGAUGAGGGCACUAGUCAACGUCAGCUUUUGUGUCGCAAUAGUCGUCGCAGCGAUGUCGUGCAGAUCUAACGGGCAAGUGUUGGGCGGGACGGAUUGGCUCAGAGGUCUCAACGAGAACAUCGAAGCUCUGAACAGAAACAUUCAGCAGAAUGUACAGCAACUGAACCAACGGAUACACGAAACGGUGCAAGAAAACUUGGCGCAUGUUCACCGAAUGACAGAAAAUCUGAACGAGGAACUAGGUGACGUACAAUAUCAUUUAAAUUAA